AAUAAAUGAUAAUUUUGUAAACAUUUUUAUAUGAAAGCGGAAAACACGUUGUGCAUUCAUUGUGGCAGGAUAAACAUUUGACGCAUACAAUACCGGAAGGAAGUUUAAUAUGUAAUCAACUAUGUAGCCACCAGAUAUUAAUAUUAUUUACUGUAAAGUAAAAUAUUUGCUACUGUAACAUUUAAUUGUACAAAAUAUUAGUUUGGACAAAAUGGCGGAAAAACGUUAAUUCUUUGUGUUACAUGAAUUAACGUAACUAUUCGCGUAAACGUUACCCAGUUUCUACCAUGGAUAAAGAAGAAGCCAAGCAUGUUAUUAUAAUCGGAGACAAAACGGCCAUUGAGACUUGUCUAAGAACGAUGACAGAAACAGAUCAUGACAUCCAAGACAUGACUACAUUUCUACAACUAUCCAUAACUACACAUGCAGCACCAUAUGAUAGUCCAAUGGCCAAUUUGAAGGGAGAUGAUCAUGACAUGGAAUGUGACAAUAGCCUCGACCUUAGUAAACCGACAUGUUCGACCAAACGAAGCUUUGAAUCUUCACCGAAUUCGUCUCCAAAGAUGAAACAACUAAAAUCUCUAGACAGGAUUGAUGCACAUUCUGAUGUUGGUUAUGAAUCAGAUCCUACUGAGUCCGAUGAAAAUAAAGAGAUGAGCAUUAACAUUUGUGCAAUGGUUCUAGAAGAUGAUACUGGGUUGAACAGAAAGCUUGCCUCCUUUGCAUUUUCAAAGCUUAAUAUAUGGCCUGCUUUGAUUUUGCUUCCCAUUUAUAGUGAAAGUUUCAGCCUAGAUCUUUAUGUAGAUGUACUCACUGAAUUAGGAAUGUAUGCCUCUGGGACGAAAGCCGUAUCAAAAUUGAUGGUGGUUCGAAUGUCGUCUCAUAACGAAGAGACACAAAGACAUAUAUCCAACCAUAAGGUUUGUCUUCACAUGAAUCUCCUGGAUUCUUACUUCGGCAGAAAUUUCGACUUUUGUGAAAGCAAUAACCUUCUCGAUAAAGUUAAGAAAUUUUUAAACGCGAAUUGUGCAGGCACGCAUUUAUUUGAAAGUGUCAUGUCUGAAGGUACUGAAGAAAACAAGGUAGUAAACAUAUUCCAAAGUAUGUUAACCGAACUACUUAAAUUGCAGUCGGCACAAUGUACCAUGAAAAAUUUCUUCAAUCACAUGGAGACACUAGUGAUUGACUCUAAGAGACACUCGUUCAUAGAAUCUCUUGGAAAGUUAAGCUUACUUCAUAAAACUCGUGAUAAUAAGAUGAUAACUUUGAUACCACUGGUGUACCCCGAUUGUCUUCCGAAAUUUGAGCAGGCAAAGUAUGAAGUAGACACUAACCCUCUUUUGAUGGUAGCCAGCAUAGAUAAGAUUUCAGCUUAUCUUAGGGCAAACAUUAUUAAGAUCAUUUUAGAAAAAGAUUGGUCAGUACACUCAUCUGGUCCAAAAAGCUGUAAAAAGGACAGUAUUGUGUUUUCGAAAGAAUCUCAGGGAAUUGUCAUUCAGUUCGAGUCAUCAAAUCAGAAGACAUCCGCUAUAUAUUUAUAUGGACUAACAGCUGGUGAAAGCACAGACAGUUGUUCAAGUGAAGAAUAUCAGAAUCUUAGAGAAUGUAUUGAAAAUGAACUGAAAGUAUAUAGUCGGCGAAUGAAAAUAAAAGAAAACUCUGUAAAGCUACACGUGAAAUUAAAAAGUAACCAAAAUUUGGGAAAUGUCUUGACAACAGACGAAGGAGAGUGGAUAGAAGUAAAUGUAGGGAACCCAGACCAGAAAAUUGUAAGAAAUUUGAAAGGAUAUCUAACUCCAUGGUUCGCAUCAGAGAUUAAACAAAUCGAAAGGCAACUGAAACAGGGAACGAGCGAUGUAGUUUUGUCUGAUAUUUCAAACUUGUUUGGAAAGGGUCACUUCAUGUUUUUUGUGUCUCAAGGAGUACCACGGGAAACAUUGGAUCGCAUUGACAUGGAAAAUCCAAAAAGUAUUAAAGAUGCCGUUUAUAAAAUGCUCCUCGAGUGGAAGAAAUGUAAAGGCAAUGAUGCAAAUCUUGUUGAAUUACGAUCUGCUCUAGAAGAAAGUACUCAUGUAAUUGUUGACAUAAACAAAUUUGAUGACAUUGUGACGAAGCACAAUAAGAAGCAAUAAACUACACAAAAAACAAGUAUGUUCAUGUGCAACACUACUUUUCCGAUCUUUGCUUACAUUCCUUUUGCCAAAGGGGCAUAUCUAGCGACUUUAAAACAUCAUUCGAAUUCUGUUUAUUUUCUUAAUAGUUCAGCUUUUACGUGUUACCUAUUGUAUCUGUGUAUUAUAUUUGUAUUACACACUUUAUUUACAAUUAUGUAAGGUAAGUUAUGAUGAAAUGACAUAAGAGUUGAAAUAGAAUUGAAUUUAUUUUACAGCUAUGGAAACUGUUUUUUCUUGUUUUGAAUAUGUAACUUUUUUAUUGUAAACAGCAACACUAUCAAAUUUAAUGUUUGUAAUUUUGAAAACUUCUCUUGUUCUUUUCUUACUAGCAAACGCUGGCACAUUGAAGGUAUAUUUUUAAUAAUAUAAUUUGAAAUAUAUUCAAUUGAAACUUGGGAUAUCAAAUAUUUUCAAAGCACGAUUGAAAUAAUGAAAUCAAAUGAAAUUUAUGAACUCUCUUAGGAAAGCAAGUUAUUCCAUUAUUUACAAAAAUCAACCCAACAAACAUAUUAUAAUUCUGAUCAGACAUUACAGCCGAAAGCUUUUGUUAUGUGUUCUUCUAUGUUACAUAGUUCAUUGUACAUGUAUGUAAAGAGCUUAAGUAGUAAAUUUUACAAAACAAUGUGGAAAGACUUAUAUCCCACAGAUAUAUUAUCAAAAAGCAAAAAAUAAAAGAUCAUUAUAUCAUUUAAUGUAUUGUGUCUCGCAUCCAUUUUUCUUUUCAUUCAAUGGGCAAUUAUUUUAUUUAUUAUUACCUCAAAAGAAGGUGCUGUCUAAAUCCUAGAUAUGCAUUUGUUUUACUAAACUCUAAAGCACUAACACGGGAAAACCACAUUUUACAUUUAUGUAUCGUCCUUUAUUGAUGUAAUUAUUAUGCUAAAUUACAAAUAUGGAAUGUUCAUGUGACCCUUUUAAGUUUUAUUUCUACUUUGUAAAGAUAAAAUAUGAAAACAUUAUAAAAAUCCUAAUUACUUCAUUGUUAUAUAAAUAAUGAAUGUGUACAAAAGAAAAACAAUUAAACUAAAACAAAUUAAAAAAAACAAUUGUGAAUAUAAAUGUGUGUUCUAUAUAUUAUUCAUUUUGUAUAACUUUAGUAAGUUGAAAUAAUGAUAAAUGUUACUGACAUGUUUAUUUUACUUGCCUUUUUGUAAAUGCGGCAGCUUUUUUUUCCGAGACAAUUUCUCAAUAAAGAGUAUUACUUGUU